UUAUAUUUGCGCUGGCAGAGGUAAACAAGACAACUUGGCGUUACUUUGUUUUUCCUUCGACAGUAGGAUUACAGCAUUGCGUGUGACGAUGCUCCUUCACAAUCGAGCUGUGUUCGCUCUGGGUCUUCGCAUGUGCUCCGCUCGUGUGAGGAGAGGACCUUUGAUGGACACAAGAAGACCCAACUCGGACAUGUCUGAGUUCCGUGAAAUCUUUUCCAAAGCAAAGCACAUCGCGAUCAUCACAGGAGCAGGUGUGAGCGCAGAGAGCGGAGUCCCAACCUUCAGGGGAGACAAUGAGAAGUGGAGGAAAUGGCAAUCUCAGGACCUGGCAACCCCAGAGGCCUUCUCUCGCACCCCAUCUCGGGUGUGGGAGUUCUACCAUUACAGGAGGGAGAUGGCUUUAAACAAGAAGCCCAACGCUGCACAUCUGGCCAUAGCAGAGUGUGAGGCCCGGCUGAGGAAGCAGGGGCGCACCGUGGUCGUCAUCACCCAGUGCAUAGACGACCUGCACCGGAAGGCCGGUUCUAAGCAUGUGCUCAAGAUUCACGGCAGCCUGAUGGAGACGCGCUGUGUGAGUUGCGGACAUGUGACCGUGAACAAGCGGAGCCCCAUAUGUGCUGCCCUGAAGGACAAAGGUGCACCUGGCCCAGACGUUGCUGAUGCACAGAUUCCAGUGGAUAAACUGCCACGGUGUGGUGAAAGUGACUGCCACGGUCUGCUGCGGCCCAACGUGGUGUUUUUUGGAGAAACUCUGGACUCCCAUAUCCUGACCAAGGUGGAAAAAGAGAUGGAAACAUGUGACCUUUGUCUGGUGGUUGGGACUUCCUCAAUUGUUUACCCAGCAGCCAUGUUUGGCCCCCAGAUUGCAUCCAGGGGCGUUCCCGUGGCAGAAUUUAACAAAAACACUACACCCAAAACCGAGUACUUCACGCAUCAUUUCCAGGGUCCAUGCGGAACAACGCUGCCUCUGGCUUUGGCGCGACAUGAGUCGGAGGUUAUUUAAAAGGGAACAGUUGUUUAAGAGGAGAGGACCUUUACAGAAAAACAGAGGCUUCUUCCAUAGACCAAUGCAAUACAAGCCUGAGGAGGGCUUCCAUAAUAUUCAUUCAUUUUUUAAAUUCCAAAUAUAUGCCUUAAAUGACUCUUGCCGUUUAUGUUUGUAAGAGGGAGAGAUGUAUAGAAAAGUGCUUUUUAAGGCUUCUACUUGAAUAUACAGCUUACUAAACUGGAAUUGGGAUAUUGUAUGUACGGUAUUUGGUGCCUAGAUUUAGGCAGAAACUAUGCAUGGUAAAAAAAAAAAGGGAAUGCACUAUGUAUGUAUGUAGGUUUUUGCAUAGGAAAACAUCUCAUAUAUCGGUUGGUACUGUUAUUCUUUUACUUAUCUUUCAUAUGACAUGCUUGUGAUGCUUCGUCAUGUUUAAAUAUACUGUGCUCUAAUCUUAUGCUGUAGAUCAGACUAUCUUUCUCUUGGCAGAGAAGCAAAAUAUUCCUCUUUUUUUUUUCUUCGCCUCAGAAUGUACAGAUGUACAUAGCAUAAAGUAAUCUUUGUGCCUUUCAAAACUGUUUACACAACCUUGACCAAAUGCUCGAUCCAAACCUCAAGUGCAAAUCAGCCGAUGUUACAGAGAUUAAGUCGUGUGCAAAGACUUUUCUUUUGACCAAGGACAGAGGAUGUGUUGUUUGACUGUGUUUAUGACAUCAGUAAAGUUACAUUUCAUGGAUUAUUCAUGAUGCGUUUAUACAAACUUUAAUGUGUAGUUUCAUACAAUAUAUAUAUAUAUAUGUGUGUGUGUGUGUGUGUUUAAAUGAGGUUGAUGGAAAUUAUCAGAAGAUGCAAGAAAUUAUAUCUUCAAUAACUUGAUUAUCUGUGUUUUGAAUCCAUCAACAUCCUGCACAAUUUCUAAAGAUGUAUUCUAAUAAAACUACCAAUGCAGUUAUACAGCACAUGAUUAUUAAAACCCUAAAUGUACAUUA